AUGCUUGGUUUACAACCAAGUGAUACCCCUAUAGAGACAGGAAAAAGAGAAGCUGAUGCUGGCAGACUGGUUGACAAAGAAAGAUACCAGAGAUUGGUGGGAAGAUUGAUAUAUUUGUCACACACAAGACCUGACAUUGCAUUUGCUGUAAGUGUCGUUAGUCAGCAUAUGCACUCACCCAAGGAGGCACAUCUAGAUGCUGUGUACAAGAUCCUGAGGUAUCUAAAUGGCACCCCAGGAAGAAGUAAGGACUGCUAUUCAAAAAGGCAAGCCAGUCUAGAAGUAUUUACUGAUGCUGAUUGGGCUGGGUCUACUGAUGAUAGGAGAUCAACUACUGGAUACUGUACCUUUGUAUGGGGUAAUCAAUCUGGUCACAUGGAGAAGUAA